AUGCCUGAGACCACCCAGGCUCAGGAUCAGCCGAUGGAGGAGGAGGGGGUGGAGACGUUCGCCUUCCAGGCGGAAAUUGCCCAGUUGAUGUCACUGAUCACCAACACUAUCUACUCGAAUAAGGAGAUUUUCCUGAGGGAGCUGAUUUCAAACUCGUCCGACCACCUGGACAAGAUCAGGUAUGAGAGCUUGACUGAUCCCAGUAAGUUAGACUCUGGGAAAGAGCUGCACAUUAAUCUCAUACCGAACAAGCAAGAUCGAGCCCUCACCAUGGUGGACACUGGCAUUGGGAUGACCAAGGCCGAUUUGAUUAAUAACCUGGGCACCAUCGCCAAGUCCGGGACCAAAGCGUUCAUGGAGGCUUUGCAGGCUGGCGCUGAUAUCUCCAUGAUUGGCCAGUUUGGUGUCGGGUUUUAUUCAGCCUAUUUGGUGGCUGAGAAAGUGACCGUUAUCACCAAACAUAACGAUGACGAGCAGUACGCCUGGGAGUCUUCUGCAGGAGGAUCCUUCACAGUGAGGAGUGAACCUAUGGGGCGUGGAGCAAAGGUUAUUCUGCAUCUGAAAGAAGACCAGACUGAGUACCUGGAGGAACGGAGAAUAAAGGAGAUUGUGAAGAAGCAUUCUCAGUUCAUUGGCUAUCCCAUCACUCUUUUUGUGGAGAAGGAACAUGAUAAAGAAGUCAGUGAUGAUGAGGCAGAAGAGAAGGAAGACAAAGAGGAAGAGAAGGAGAAAGAAGAAAAGGAGUCUGAUGACAAGCCUGAGAUAGAAGACGUUGGCUCAGAUGAGGAGGAGGAAAAGAAGAAGGACGGGGACAAGAAGAAGAAGAAGACGAUCAAGGAGAAGUACAUCGAUCAAGAAGAGCUGAACAAGACAAAGCCUAUCUGGACCAGAAACCCUGAUGACAUCACUAACGAGGAGUACAGAGAGUUCUACAAGAGCCUGACCAAUGAUUGGGAGGAUCACUUGGCGGUCAAGCAUUUUUCAGUUGAAGGACGGUUGCAAUUCAGAGCCCUUCUUUUUGUCCCAAGACGAGCUCCUUUUAAUCUGUUUGAAAACAGAAAGAAGAACAACAUUAAGUUGUAUGUUCACAGAGUUUUCAUCAUGGAUAACUGUGAGGAGCUAAUCCCUGAAUACCUGAAUUUCAUUAGAGGUGUGGUGGACUCUGAGGAUCUCCCUCUGUACAUUUCCCGUGAGAUGCUGCAACAAAGCAAAAUUUUGAAAGUUAUCAGGAAGAAUUUGGUCAAAAAGUGCUUGGAACUCUUCACUGAACUGGCAGAAGAUAAAGAGAACUACAAGAAGUUUUAUGAGCAGUUCUCUAAAAAUAUUAAACUUGGGAUACAUGAAGAUUCUCAAAAUCGGAAGAAGCUUUCAGAGCUGUUGAGGUACUAUACUUCUGCUUCUGGUGAUGAGAUGGUUUCUCUCAAGGACUAUUGCACAAGAAUGAAGGAAAACCAGAAACACAUCUAUUACAUCACAGGUGAGACGAAAGACCAGGUAGCCAAUUCGGCCUUUGUGGAGCGUCUCCGGAAGCACGGCUUGGAAGUGAUCUACAUGAUCGAGCCUAUUGAUGAGUACUGUGUGCAGCAGUUGAAGGAGUUUGAGGGGAAGACCUUAGUGUCAGUCACCAAAGAGGGCCUGGAACUUCCAGAAGAUGAGGAAGAGAAAAAGAAACAAGAAGAGAAAAAGACAAAAUUUGAAGUCCUUUGCAAAAUAAUGAAGGACAUUUUGGAGAAGAAGGUUGAAAAGGUGGUUGUGUCUAUCCGGUUGGUGACAUCCCCAUGCUGCAUUGUUACAAGCACAUACAGCUGGACAGCAAACAUGGAAUGGAUCAUGAAGGCUCAAACCCUGAGAGACAACUCAACGACGGGUUACAUGGCAGCCAAGAAGCACCUGGAGAUCAACCCUGACCAUUCCAUCAUCAAGACCUUGAGGCAAAAGGCAGAGGCUGACAAGAACGACAAGUCUCUGAAGGAUCUGGUCAUCCUGCUGUACGAAACCGCUCUCCUGUCUUCUGGCUUCAGUCUGGAGGACCCCCAGACGCACGCCAACAGGAUCUACAGGAUGAUCAAACUCGGUCUCGGUAUUGAUGAGGAUGACCCCACUGCUGAUGACAGCAGUGCUGCGGUCACUGAGGAAAUGCCUCCCCUGGAAGGAGACGACGACACGUCCCGCAUGGAAGAAGUAGACUAAACG